AAAAACCUAUAUACACAUGAUCGAACGCACGUGAGCACGUUUAUUUCAGUUUAGUUUACGGUAUCAGAUGAUAUUUUAGGUUAUUGUUAAUUUACAAUAAAUAUGGGGAAACUAAAAAAGCUAAAAAUUAGUAAAAUUAAAAGGAACUAUCAGAUAAAGACAAAGCUUUCAAAGCAAGGAAAACUGAAGACUCGACGGCAUAAACCACCAAAGAAGCAAUUUCAGAAGCCGGCACCACCAUGUCCAGAAGUAGUAGAAGAAGAAGAGAGUGAUCAUGGAGAGGAUUUGAUGAAUAUGGUUGAAGAAGAUGACUUAAAAUUCUUGGAAAAAGCUAUAUCUAAUAGAUCUUAUAACUUGCUGAAACAAAUUCGUUUAACUGAAUCAGACAAAAAUCAAAGUAAAAGAAAAAAAAGAAAAACAGAAGAUGAUCAUGCAUUAGAGGAAUUAUACGAAAAUAAUGUUUCUAAAAUCAUGGAAGAAACAUCUAAGAAAUCAGUUCGCAUGAUGCUUCCCAUAAAAACACAGAAUGGUCUUGUGGAGAAACGUGUCAUUGAAGAAGAUAAUGAAGUUGUAAAUGAGGAAGAAGACCAAAUUACAGAUAAUAAUCAAAAAGAAAAUGAAGAAAAUAAUCAAGAAAAUAGUGACAUAGAAAUGGACAUAGAUACAUGUAAUAAUUUACAAGAAACUGAUAAACCAGUAUCUACUGUUGAACUUUUGGCAUGUCGCGAAGAAUUAUUGAAGUCUAAACGGUUUAAGAUAGGUAUACUUUCAAGUGGUAUUCUAGAAAAUCCACAACUCAAAUCUGGAAAUUUUAAGAUAUUGUUAGAUAUGAUGGAUGAGAGAGCUUCAGAAGUUUAUAUCACUGUCAGAAAACUGGCAAUGGUAUCUCUUCUUGAAGUCUUUAAAGAUUUGCUACCAUCUUAUAGCCUUCUGCAAGUUUCUCAAGAAGGAAUAAAGUUAAAAAAGGAGACCCUUGCACUGCAAAACUAUGAAGCUACAUUGUUAAGCAGUUACAAAAACUAUUUAAAGAGACUCGAAAAGAUAUCCAAGAUUUUGAGAAAAAAGAAAGGAGAUACACGAUCAGUAAACGAACGAGAAAUGCGAUUAGGUGAAAUAGCCCUAUCGUGCAUGUGCGAGCUUCUCACCACUCAUCCAUAUUUCAAUUUCUCUGUUAAUAUAGCUAAUUAUAUUCUUCCUUUCUUGGAUAACAAACAGAGAAAUAUAAGAGAGAGAGUAGCUCAAUGCAUUUCUCAAAUAUUCAAAGACGAUAAACGUGGUCAAUUAUCUCUCACAAUAGUUCGAAAAUUAAAUCAAUAUAUCAAAUCAAGAAAACAUUCUGUGCAUCCUGAAGUCAUAACAGUGUUAUUAUCUCUUCGUAUAAAAGAUGUCAAUCUGGACAAAGAAAAAGAAGAGGAAACAAAGCAAAGAAAACUCAUGUCUCAUAAGCAAAGAAUUCUCGCGUUAAGCAGACGAGAGAGAAAAAAAAACAAAAAACUGGAACAAGUAGAGAAAGAAUUACUUGAGACAAAGGCUGAAGAAAAUAAACAGACAAAAUCUAAAAUUCUCACUGAAAUUACAAGCGUGAUAUUUACUAUAUACUUCAGAGUUCUAAAACAAGCUCCCAAUAGUAAAGUAUUGUCUGUGUGUUUGGAAGGAUUAGCUAAAUUCGCACAUUGUAUUAAUAUAGAUUUUUAUCAGGACUUAGUAAGUGUUAUAGAUAAAUUAAUAGAAGAAGAUCACUUAGGGUUGAGACAACAAUUACACUGUAUCCAAUGUAUAUUUACAAUAUUAUCUGGCCAAGGUGCAGCAUUAAAUAUCGAUCCAUAUAGGUUUUAUGUACAUUUGUACAAAAAUAUAUUAAAAGUUCAUUGUGGGAGGACGCACGCGGAAACUGAGAUUGUACUGAAGACGUUGACACAGAUUCUCAUUCAUCAGCGGAAAAGGAUUUCGCAGACGCGUCUGAUAGCGUUCGUCAAGAAAAUAAGCAUACAGGCUUUGCAGUUACAACAUAAUGCAACGCUGGCGACUCUCGGUAUUAUAAAACAAGUCAUGCAAUUUGGAAAAGCGGCACAUAUUUUAUUGGAUACCGACUGCAGUGGAGACAGUCAUUAUCAAAUUGAAAUCGAAGAACCUGACUAUUGCAACGCGCAUAGUACUGCAUUAUACGAACUUGUUGCUUUACAGCGUCACUAUCAUAGUAUAGUACGACAGCUCGCUAAAAAUAUAGCACAUGUAGUGCCUACAAGUGGUGAAGGCAGUUUACCUGUUGAAAUUGCAAAAUUAACACCAGAAGAGCUUUACAUAGAGUAUGAUCCUAGUGGUGUAGCGUUCAAGCCUACCAUACCUAUUCCAGAGAAGAUUACCGUAAAAAAAGCAUCGAUACAUCAUGUCAUGAGUUCUAAACUCGAGGAAUAUCUUAAUACUGUCGAUAUCGACAAUCUAUUUACAGACAGAUCUGUAGACUUUUAUAAAGCUUGCAAAAAUAAUUCAAAAUGAAAUUAAAAAAUGUA